CACCUACAAACGACCAGACCACACCCCCCACACCCCCCCCCCCCCUUACCAGCCUAUAUAAACUGAAGAAUGAGUCUGCAUUAAUACCAUUCUGUUCACAUCGUGACCAUCGUCCUCCUCCUACUCCUCCUCAUCAUCAUCAUUAUCAUCAUCAUCACCAUGGUCUCUCGUUCUCUCCUGCUGGUUCUGCUGGUUCUGCUGGGUCUCACCUGCCUUCAGUCCUACACACCAGCCCACAAUGGACAUGGACCAAGUAAGUGCUGUUUCAAUUACCAGACACAUGCAAUCCCUGCAAAAUAUAUUACAGCGUAUGAAGAAACAGAGCAUCAGUGUACAAAACCUGGAGUCAUCUUUACCCUAAAUAAUGGUCGUCGUGUGUGUGCAGACCCCGGCGUCGAGUGGGUGAAGAACAUCAUGGAAAUAAUUGAUCGGCGAUUUUUUACCUGAUCCAAACUCAAACAAGUGUUUCAAAACUCUCUCCAUUAAUAAGUCUUUCAUAUUUCUUUUACGAAAUCCACUUUUUAUGUAAUCAGACGGGAGGAAUAAAGAUUAUUCCUGUAAUAAAGCUGACUCGUUAUCAUUAUAAAUGACUCAUUAUCAUUAUUAUAAAUAAAUAAAUAAAUAAAUAAAUAAAUAAAUAGGGGCAGUGGUGGCUUGAUGGUUAAGGCUCUGGGUUCCUGAUUGAGCCCUUAACCCUCUCUGCUCCAGGGGGCGCUGUAUCAUGGCUGACCCUGCGCUCUGACCCCAA